CUACGAACUGACAAAAUAAGUUCCAACAUGAACCUUUACUUUACUGAUAACACUGAUAAGCUACAUUUUCGCUAUUUUCGCGAGUUAGGAAUUUUCCGCAUUCCGCUACAAUCUAGCUUUUCUACGAUGAAAUGAACUACUAUUUGACUUUGAAUAUCAGUAUCACCUUUGAUCUUUCAGUAUCAAUCCACCCGAGAAAGCUAUGUUCCUACUUCUUGAAACCUCAGUAAUGGUAAAAUAAUCUUUCGACGUUUGUCUACAAUAUCUAGCGUAUGCGAGUUCUGUUCGUUGUGCUUCAAUAUGUUGAUGGAAGGUGAAAAAACCUACUUAGGUUUAGAUUUUAGCACUCAACAGUUGAAAGGUAUCAUCGUUGGCGAAGAUUUGAACGUUUUAUUGGAAGAAAGCGUAGAGUUCGACAGCGUACUUCCCGAAUUUCGUACUCAUAAAGGAGUAAUUCAUUCAAAAGAUGGCCGAACUAUCACUACUCCCACGAUUAUGUGGGUUAAAGCGAUGGAUGUAUUGCUAGAUAAACUACAAGUCGCAGGCGCCGAUUUUGGCAAAAUAGCUGCAGUUUCGGGUAGCGCUCAGCAACACGGUACAGUUUACUGGCAAAAAGGAAGCGAAAAUGUUUUACGAAAUCUCGACCCUACGAGCUUCCUCCAUACUCAACUCGCAUCUUCGUUCACCAUUCCCGAUUCGCCCGUAUGGAUGGAUUCGAGCACGUCGACUUAUUGCAGAAAACUAGAAGAAGCUGUCGGUGGUCCUGAAGAAUUGGCUAAAUUAACCGGAGCUGUCGCUUUCGAGAGAUUUUCCGGGCCCCAAAUUUCCAAAAUUGCCGAAACCAAGAAGAUAGCUUACGAAAAUACAGAGAGGAUCUCGUUGAUUAGCAGUUUCGGUUGUUCGUUGCUGUUAGGUAGAUACGCUCCCAUUGAUUUGAGUGACGGAUCCGGAAUGAAUUUAUUGGAUCUUCAAACCAAAGACUGGAAUUCAACUUGCCUUACGGCGUGUGCGCCAAAUCUUGCCGAUAAACUUGGUAAGCCUGUCCCUUGUGGUGCUGAUCUCGGUGUUAUAAAUGAAUAUUUUGUGGAAAGAUUCGCUUUUAAUGCCAACUGUCGCGUCGCGUCGUUCACCGGUGAUAAUCCAGCCUCGUUGAUUGGAAUGCGACUGAAAGCUGGAGACGUUGCAAUCAGCUUGGGAACCAGCGAUACGGUAUUUUUAUGGUUGGAUAAGCAGACUGUAUUACCAGAAUGUCACGUAUCAGUGAAUCCUUUGAAGAGUGACGCUUUUAUGGGCUUACUAUGUUUUAAAAACGGUUCGCUAACCAGAGAACGUUUCCGUGAUACAUUUGCCAAUCGAUCGUGGGAUGAAUUCAAUUCGAUAUUAGAGAGAACGCCGCGUGGUAAUUUCGGCAACGUGGGGUAUUUUUUUGAUGUGCAAGAAAUACUGCCCUGGGCUCAAGGCGAAUAUCGAUUUGAUAAAGCCGACAAUGUCAUAUCUAAAUUCCCGUCGAUUGAAAUAGAACUCCGAGCUUUAAUCGAAGGUCAAUUUAUUGCCAAAAGGUCUCAUGCUGAAGAUCUUGGGGUCGCUAUAGGUCCAAACAGUAAAAUUUUAGCCACAGGAGGUGCCUCGAAGAAUAAAGUUAUACUACAAAUUUUAAGCGAUGUUUUCAAUAGACCAGUUUACGUUUUGGAAGGUGCGAAUUCGUCGGUUUUGGGCGCUUCGUAUUUAGCCAAAUACGCUCUUCGAAACGAUUCCGAAGAACCGGACCCGGUAGCGUAUUUCGAUCGUAUCACGAGCAACGUUAACGCUGCCACGUUAGUGUGCACACCUUACGGCGAUGCCGAUCAGAUUUAUACGCCGAUGGUGACUCGUUAUAAGCGUUUUAUUAGCGACGUUUUGAACAAAACGUGACCACUUGUCGCUGAAACGACAUACACUCGCAAGUUGCAUGUACUCAAACACAGUGCAACGCCUCACCUUUACUUCGAAUUAACGGCUGUUGGUAUAAUUAAUUAAUUUCUCUGUGAACGUAAUUCCUUUUUAUUCACGAGCGACGGGUACCACCCGAACCUGUGCGUUCGUACUUGUAUUUUAUUCGUACUUAACUAAUUUUUUAAAAAUGUACUUAUUUGUUUUCGUGUAACUCACGCAGGGUCUUCCUCGGGCUUAACUUUAAGUUUUACUUAAGCGUCGUUUAACGAUCGUUGUUAUUUUUUUUCUCUAUUCCCUCCUCCUUACACAAGUCUCUCUCCCACAUUGUCAUAGUAUAUUGUAUGUCUAUGUACUUAAACACACUUUUACGUUUCUCCUCUUUCCCCCCUCUACCCUCUUUUGUUUUUAAAAAAAUGCUACUUGUUGAGAUCGUUUUUUUUACUGUUAUUUUUUAAAAUAAAGUUAUGCUGAAAAGUAGAAA